GGCGGGUGGGCGGGGGGUGGGGGGGAGAGAGACAGGAGAAAAAGCCGUAUAGGAAGAGAAGCACAACCGUGGGUGCCCGCCGCAACAAUGAACGGUUCGCCACGCUCAUGUCAACCGCAGAUAAGCCAUCGGACUAUGUCCUGAAUAGCGGUUUACAUAGCUGGGAUUGUGCACCGAUCAUACAGGGGUAAAAUAUGUCCGCCUCGGUGGGGCCCCGCGACAGCCCUCGCCCACCCACAGCGCAGAGCUCCAUAACCGAGCUACCGGACCUCAGUCACCUCACCGAGGAGGAGAGGAAAAUUAUCAUGGCUGUGAUGGUUCGGCAGAGGGAGGAAGAGGCAAAGGAUGAGGCCAUGCUCAAAGAGGAGAAACCCAUACAAGCAAAAAUGGUGAACCUGGUCGGAAACAAGAAACCACCUCAGCAGAACGACAUCAGUUUGCACCAGCAGUUUGCCAACUACAAGGAGCAGGUGAGGCGGAUUGGGCCGGAGCCCCCCCAACAGAGGCAGCAGGGCCAACACAAGGAUGACGCCCCCACCUGUGGCAUCUGCCACAAGACCAAGUUUGCUGAUGGCUGCGGAAACCUGUGCUCCUACUGCCAGACUAAGUUCUGUGCCCGCUGCGGGGGAAGGGUCUCUCUGCGUUCCAAUAACAAAGAGGACAAAGUGGUAAUGUGGGUAUGUAACAAGUGCCGAAGGCAACAGGAUAUGCUUACUAAAUCAGGAGAGUGGUUUCCAAGUCAUGGGCCCAAGGCUGGAGAGCUUGGGUCAGCAGUGAGUGAACCGGCCAUGUGUGGAGAUCCCGUUGGGGAGAAGAAGGUGCGCUCUAGGUCUCAGAACCCUCUCGACUCCUCCGUUUCCACUGCCCAUGAUACCCAGCCACAUGCCCCGACCGACCCCAGAAAAGGCCCUUCCACAGGGUCAGCCGACACGCUGUCAUCGCGGUCACGCAGUGAGCCUCCACAAGAAAGAAAAAAGCCACCAGCAGCCUCUGAUCAGAAUGGCAAGCUUGGGUCAAGAGGUGAGAGGCGGCGAGGCCUAUCCAAAAUCCACUCCGAGGAGCGAGAUACUGGAGAAAAUCGGAGAGAAAGUCGAAGACUGAUGAAGACUCGCUCUCAGGAGCACGAUAGUCCUGAGACCAGGAGAAUUGAAGCGGAGCAGAAACCACCCAGGGAACAGUGCAGGACUGACCCAAAUGCUUCACAUCAUCCGCCCAAACUCCGGCCAGCGGAGCCUGAUGGACGUAUGCAUCCUAAGCCGAGGGAGGCAGGGGAGAUGGUGCAGGACAACAGAGGUGCACAUAGAUGGACAGAUGGGCGGCAAGCCUCACUGGAGGGCAAGCAGCAGGCCUACGCCCCAGAGAGGACCGCGGGGGGUACAGGUUUGCAGGGUGCGCCUGUUGUGCAGGGUCCUCCACCUAAAACGAACCACAUCCCACAGCCGCCUGCCCCAGGGUUCAGGGUGGGCCCUGCCAUGCCCGCAGGCCCACCUGAGCUCAGGGAGCCUCAGGAAUGGGACAGGAAGUUGCAGCCGAGCCACCUGGACCCUGGCUCGGCUGCGCUGUUGCGCAAAUCGAAACGUCAAAAAGCUGAGAGCAUGCUGCGCAAUGAUUCGCUCAGCUCUGACCAAUCGGAAUCUCUACGACCGCCCCCGCCCCGCCCCUACAAGAGCAAACGGGGAGGAAACAAGAGGCAGAUGUCUGUUAGCAGCUCGGAGGAAGAGGCCGGUUCGACACCGGAAUACACCAGUUGUGAAGAUGUGGAGAUUGAGAGCGUCAGUGAGAGAGGGGACUGGGAGUGCUGUCCACUGGGCCCCACUGCGUGGCAUCAUCCGGUUACAUGGCAGCCCUCCAAGGAAGGUGAUCAUUUAAUUGGCCGAAUCACUUUGAGCAAGAGAACAGCCAUGCCAAAAGAGGCUGGGGCUCUGCUAGGGCUAAAGGUGGUCGGGGGGAAGAUUACAGAAACUGGGAGACUAGGGGCCUUCAUCAUCAAAGUCAAGAAAGGUAGUUUAGCUGAUGUGGUGGGUCAUCUACGGGCUGGUGAUGAGGUGCUUCAGUGGAAUGGUAAAUCAUUACCUGGGUUAACCAAGAAAGAAGUUUACAAUAUCAUCUUGAAUUCCCAAACAGAACCACGAGUUGAGUUAAUAGUAUCAAGGCCAAUAGGUGAUAUACCACGAAUACCAGAAACAUCACACCCUCCAUUAGAAUCUACAGGUUCAAGUUCCUUCGAAUCACAGAAGAUGGAAAGACCCUCUAUAUCUGUCUUGUCCCCAUCCAGCCCAAGUGGUCUUAGAGAUGCCCCUCAGCUACUGCCUGGACAGCUGUCGGUGAAAAUGUGGUACGAUAAGGUUGGCCAUCAGCUGAUAGUGAACGUAUUGCAGGCUAUAGACCUGACACCCAGAUCAGAUGGACGACCCAGAAACCCCUAUGUCAAAAUGUACUUCCUGCCCGAUAGAAGCGAUAAGAGCAAGAGAAGGACGAAGACAGUAAAGAAAAGUCUAGAGCCCAAGUGGAACCAGACAUUUGUGUACUCUCAUGUCCAUCGCCGGGAUUUCAGAGAACACAUGCUGGAGAUUACUGUGUGGGACCAACCCCGAAUACAAGAUGAGGAGAGUGACUUUCUGGGAGAAAUCUUAAUCGAGCUGGAGACUGCCCUGCUGGAUGACAAGCCUCACUGGUACAAGCUGCAGACACAUGACGUCUCUUCCAUCCCACUGCCGCACCCGUCGCCAUACCUGCCCCGCAGACACGGACACACAGAAACACCCACCAAAAAGCUGCAGCCUACAGAAAACCGAUCAAGAGAAAGAGAACGGGACAGAGACCGAGACCGAGCAACGACAUUAGAGGUUCCAGACCAGAUCAGGCCAACUCAGUAUCGCUCACGGUCCGUGUCCCCACACAGAGACGAAGAGAGCAGGGGACGGUCCCGCCCAGCCAACAUCCCUGCACAGAGGAGUCUGGAUGAGGUCCAGCACAGCCGGCGAUCUCGUUCCCCAACACGCUACCACGAUCGUGCCCGUGUGCAAGAGAGAGAUUGCGUAGAUGACAGUGAAGUCAUCUUGAUACACAGAUCAAUGCGGGGUAGAAGCGCAGAGUGUCUGCACACCCAAAGUGUUGGCAGGAGCUCAUCUAAGUACAGUAGCACUCUGCCUCCCAAGAUUCCUUUAUUAGUCAAUGGAAUUCAUAAGGAUAUUUACAGCUUAACACUUCCUGCAUGCCUUAAGUCAAAGUCACGGCUGUCUGUAGUCACUGUCACUCAACCUACAGUCACGCGUCGAGUUCUUAGGUUCACAGACAAGAUCACCAUUAGUGAUCUACAGCCCUCUCUUGACAGGGUUAGAAGUGCUAGUACCAACUGUCUGAGACCAGGUUCUAAUUCCAAUUCACCUGAACGAGACAGGAGCACCCAGUCUCUGCCCCGUACCAGACCCACGAGCCCCAGGAUCCUAAUUCAGCAUGCCUCCCCAGAAGACGACAGGCAGUCGAGAACUCUGGACAAGCCUAGCUGUCAGAAACUUGGAAAGAAAAUAUCUGACAGCGAGCGGGUGCAGCCACACUCCAGCCCCGCAUUUUCCUCAUCAACAGCAGCCCCUUCUUCGACACGCAAGGUCAGGCAGCUUCCCCAAGUCCCCGCCAAAAGCAGCAGUGUAGAGCAAGCUCUUGCUUCAGAGGAGCGAACUCGGCAAAUGAAAGUACGUACCUUCCGAACACCAGCUCCCUCCAGUACCAGCCACGAUCUGGAGAGGAUGCUCAAGAAUAAAAGAGAGCUUUAUAAGGAGCAGCGACAGAGCUGUGACAAUGUGUCCCAUAAGUCCUCAGACAGUGAUGUCAGUGACGUGUCAGCCAUCUCUCGUGCCAGCAGUGCCUCGCGGAUCAGUAGCACCAGCUACAUGUCCAUUCAAUCAGAACGACCCAGGGGUCAAUUUAGCCGUCAUAUUCAUCCAUCCAGCCGCAGCAUGCUGAAGAGCACGAGCGUUAGUGGGGAAAUCUACACUCUGGAGCGUACGGAUGGCAGUCAGUCAGACACCGCUCUGGGAACACUGGGAGCAGGAGGGAAAAAGCGCAGAUCGAGCCUUAGCGCACGUGUAGUCGCCAUCGUGGGUAUUCCCUCCCGCCGCAGCAGGAGCACCUCUCAGCUCAGUCAGACAGAAGCAGCCAACAAGAAAGCAAAGGGAUCCAGUCAGAUCCAGCGCAGUCAGGAGACGGGAAUGGCAGUGGAGUAUCCCCGCAAUGUCAUGGCUCGCCAAGCCAGUCGAGAGUCCACUGACGGCAGCAUGAACAGUUACAGCUCUGAGGGCAAUCUGAUCUUCUCAGGGAUGAGGUUAGGGGCCGACAGCCAGUUCAGUGACUUCCUAGAUGGUCUUGGCCCUGCUCAGCUGGUGGGUAGACAAACACUUGCCACGCCUGCUAUGGGAGAUGUUCAGAUUGGACUGAUGGACAAGAAAGGGCAGCUGGAAGUGGAAGUUAUCAGGGCCCGUGGUCUUACACCUAAACCAGGUUCCAAAUCGCUGCCGGCUCCCUAUGUCAAGGUCUAUUUGCUGGAAAAAGGAGCGUGCAAAGCCAAAAAGAAAACCAAGAUUGCACGGAAAACGCUUGAUCCCUUGUAUCAGCAAUCGCUGCUGUUUGAGGAAAGUCCGCAGGGUAAAGUUCUCCAGGUAAUAGUCUGGGGAGAUUACGGCCGCAUGGACCACAAAUGUUUCAUGGGAGUCGCCCAGAUUCUUUUAGAGGAGCUGGAUCUUUCUAGCACAGUGAUCGGUUGGUACAGACUUUUUCCCCCUUCAUCACUGGUCGACCCGACAUUAGCUCCUCUCACUCGUCGUGCUUCCCAGACCUCGCUGGACUCUUCAGGGCCGCCAGGCAUCAGGUCCUAGUGAACGGAUGGGAAACGCAUGACCCAGUGGACCAAUCAGAACCAGAGCGGCAGAUAAAGAGACAGAUGGACAGAAUCAUGAUCAAAGCUUUGCUGAAGCCUGACAAUCACUUCUCUCUUUUACUUUUGAUCUUUGGGUUGUAGAGAUUUCCUUUGAUCCACUCUGCUCCUUUACUGCAUGUUCUGUGGCUGAGAUGACGAUUCGACCCAAAUAAAAAAGAGAAGGAAGGGAGAGGCAGCCGAAACGCGAUCCUGCUUCGUCUGACAGGAAGCGGAGCCUACAGUGGCGCCGGUAGCCUAGAUUGCUCUGGUCAGUCAGCACAUUUAUUUUCUCACGUGUUGGUGAGAGUGAGAGGACAGCACUGCCCCUCCUCUAUAUUGCACUUUCAGGAAGUCCCUCUGCUGAAAGACCAGAGGUCCAGGGUUAAAGGUCAAGAUUUAGUCUUCUCAGAGAGUUUCCUCUCUGCAUCACGGAUGCUGCAUCCGAGGCCCCGGCGUGUGCCGGUCUGGCACGAACUCAGACUCAGAUUGUGUGACUGUGGCAUGUGUGUGUGUGUGCGCGAGAGUGUGCGUUUGCAUGUAAGAAGGCAGGGAGACGCCUGAGAACCUUUUAAGUCUGUUUACAGCAGUCGCCACCGACUGCUUUGCCUUUUCACGUUAAUGUUGAUUUGGUAAAUAGGCACACUUUGUAGAAUGUGAAAACAUGCUUGAUGUUUUCUGACAUUUGUGUCAUACGAGCUUCACGGAAGACACAAAACCACUUGUAUUCGAUUCAUCAGGACUGUAAGAAGCUGCCACUAUCAUUUAACAGGAAACAUUAGCUCACUAACACAUUCGAUUUCCAGGUUUCACGCGAUCACGAAUCAUAUCUUACAGGCAUUUCCAAGCACUUUUAAUCCUAUUCCGUUUGGUAAAGGACCUGUACGUACCGAUAUUAGAAUUUCUACCCGACUAGAGUUUGCAUUAUUUUAAUGCAAGCACAAAUGCUUGAUUUUUGAACAAAAAAGAGAAAAAGUUCAAGCUUUUGGGGAUUAAAAGUAAUGCAAAAAAGAGGCCAAAAUCGGAAGCUUCCUAUUUUUAGCAGUUUGUCAUCAGUUUAGUUGAUUAUAAAACCAAUUUCACAGAUCCCCCCCUGAGCAUUUUGAAUGUGACAGUGAGACGUUCCAACAAGGGGAACAGACGCCACCAACGAGGGGAACAGCAUGAAUCUGGAACUGUUCCAAGUUGCAUGCACAUUUUGUAAAACAAGACAGAUGAGAAAAAAAGAGACUACAAUAAGUGUGUUAGUUCCACAAACUGUAGGCCAGCUUGUAUGUCGCAUGUACUUGUACAGUUUGCUUGUACUUGAUAUAAAUAGAUUAUCAAAUAAAACGAAGCCAUUCAUUCCAUGUGUGGGCAUUUGGCCGGGUUCAGCCAUACACACAGGCCUUAUUUUGGGGCUGAAUGUCUAUAAGAAUUUUUGAAUCGUUUGAUUUCCUUUUCUUUCUUUUUUUAACCCUGGCUAGAUAAAUAAGUGCUGUACUGAGCAAACACAAGACCCUAUUUUAUUGAAGAUGUUGGUGUUCACUGUAGUCUGUACUACUGUGGGGCUAAAACUAAGGUAGAUAAUCUGUAUAAAAACUAGAGCUAUAUGUAUAUGGAAUAUAAUUAUGAAAAUCACAAUGACUUAGAGAUAUAUCGAUAUUGAAACAGAGUGUAUCAAGUAAACAUCACUUUCGUACAUGCAUAUAUUGUAAAUAUGAGUCUGCAAAGAAGUUUACUUAUAUUUACAAAGCGGCCCCAUUCAAGUUAAUGGAUCAGUGCUCUUGUCUCUUGGUUCUGCUGAGCGGAAGAAGGGAUGCCUCCAAAGUUUUAUUUUAGUGAUGCCCAAUCUGACGAGAGAAAUUUGGACCUCUAUCGACCUGUUGCGUUACCAUAAAUGCUCACGAAUCCUCGUUUGAAUGAGAAGUUUACUUUAUAUGCCUGGUUACGGCAGACCUAUUUACUUUGUCAGUAUUAUUCCAGAAUACUGAUUGUUUACAGUUCGUGUGUUCCACUGAAACAAAAUUGAAAGUAUUCACUGCAACAUUUCUUGUUUGUACAGCAGACGUGGCUCAAAUAAUGUGUAUGUUUUAUAUUCAAGAGUUCAUUUUUA